AUGAUCAAAAUCAGCUGGUAGCUUAUCAGCUGAUUUCUGUCAAUUGGUUUCUAUUUUUUGUUGUGAAAUAUCUGAUUGAGACAAUGAUUUUCCAAACCCUCCAAAAAAUAACAAACCUACCAAGAUACUACUGUGAACAGAAACAUUUACCCACAACGCAUAAAGUGUCCGUGCUGGACAGACGUUUCUUAGUAUGGAUGGGUAAAUAUAAGACGGUAGAUGAAGUACCUGAAUAUGUCACCAGGGCAGUAAUCGACAAAACCAGAAACAGAAUAAGAAUCAAAGUUGCAAACUAUAUGAUCGCCGCGACCCUUGGGGGCUGUUGUUUAAUGAUGUAUCUCGGCAAGCAAGACGCUAAAGAGGGCAAAAGUUUGCAGAAGCAGAAUUUAGAAUGGCACAGGAAAAUCAACGAGGAUUCGAAGAAGGAAAGUUCUGUUGCCUCUGAUGUUAAAUAGUCCUGAAUUAAGCAGCUUGUAUAAAGUAAUAAUGAUGUAGAAUUGUAUAAUAAGUGAAAUUGUUGCUUACAAAUUGUAAAUAUUUUACUCAGUAGGGAUAUAAUGCAUGAAGAAGUUAAUAAUGUACUCUUUAAGCCUUUAAUAAACGUUUGCAUAUUG